AUGGCCAUGGCCAUGGCCUUGGCCAUGGAAGGCCCUUCCUUCCUUCCUUCCGUUGCUGAAGCAGAAGAGAGGGUUGUGUCGUACGGGCACUGGUGGCCGCCGGAUCUGUAUGUGUACAUGGCAAUCCUUUUCCCUGCCAUGUUCGGGUGCAUCACUCUGAUGCUGAUGAAGGGUGAGAUCUUGGUCGACACUAUGGAGAAGACCCUGAAGCCUGGUGUGUUCCUCAAAUCAGGACUGAUAGAAACCGAAGGGUCACUCGAAGAUGGGAUGAACGAAUCAUACCCUCCGGUUGGCCAGGCCAACGCGGCGGCUGCAGCGGUAGCCUCAGCAUCGGCCGAGGCCUGGUCGUUGGAAGAAAAGGUUGCACUGGUUACCGGCGGCGCUUCGAGUAUCGGCGAAGCCAUCAUCCGCCUCUUCAGACAGCACGGCGCCAAGGUUUGCAUAGCAGUCGUCCAGGACGAAACCGGUCAGCAGCUCUGCGACUCCCUUGGAGGCGACUCCGAUGUCCUGUUUGUCCACUGCAACGUCACAGUGAAGGAAGACAUAAGUCGGGCCGUAGACGCAACGGCGGAGAAGAUCGGCACCCUGGACUGGGACAACAUGGUCAACAAUGCCAACAUUACAGGUGAUAAGGUCACCGAUAUGCGGAACCUCGACUUUGCCAAUGUCAAGAAGGUGUUCGACAUCAACGUGCACGGCAUGCUGCUGGGCAUGAAGCACACGGCGUGCGACAUGAUCCAGGGCAAGAAGGGGGCCAUCGUGUCGCUGGCAAGCGUCGCCAGCGUCCUCGGAGGGAUGGGGCCUCACGCGUACAUCGCGUCAAAGCAUGCGCUGGAGCUGGGGAGGCAUGGCAUUCGGGUGAACUGCGUAUCGCUGUACGCCGUGCCCACCGCGCUCUCCAUGCCACAUUUGCCCCAGGGGGAGCACAAGGGGGAUGCAGUGAGGGACUUCCUGGCCUUUGUUGGUGGUGAGGCAAACCUGAAAGGUGUUGAUCUGCUGCCGAAGGAUGUCGCCGAGGCGCCGAGGCGGUGCUCUACCUGGCAAGCGAGGUACAUCAGCGCGCUCAACCUCAUGGUCGACGGUGGAUUUACAUCUGUGAAUGGAAACCUGAAAGCAUUUGAGGACUAG